AUGUCAAGCGAGCAGGGUUCGACCGGUCGCGGUCGGGGACAGUCCACCUGGCGAGGUGACAGAGGCGGCAGAGGCCGUAGAGGCAGAGGCAGAGGUAGCUUUCACGGCGGCCAGCGAUCAGAAGCCAAGCAAGCUCUCGCAACGAUCGCCAGCCAGACCCAGACUGCCCUUCCUUACAUCCUCAAAGACCUGCCUAACCUCAAAGCAGAUGAGUCUGUGUUUCUGACACUCAAUGCGAAUCUACCACAGCUCAAGAUGGAGGACUGCCCCAAACACCCCAAGGCCACCAUUGAAGUCAUCAACGAGGAUGCCUUCGACGCCGCUAUAUCUAUGAUGGCCUCGGACAAUCCAAACACAACCAAUAACCCACCUUCUCGACCAGCCGUUCUCAACCUCGCGUCGGAUACCUCGCCAGGCGGAGGAUGGCUUAACGGGUCCAUGGCACAGGAAGAGGCCUUGUGCUACCGUUCGUCCCUGUCACUGAGCCUGCACAAGAGGUACUACCCCUGGAGCGCCCUGGAUGGCGUUUACACCCGCGAUGUGGUCAUCAUUCGGUCAUCUCAGGAAAACGGUCACAAGCUGGUCGCGCCAGACGCGCCGGCCGACGAGCUGCCAGUGGUCAGCGUGCUCAGUGUCGCCGCGCUUCGCCGGCCCGAUCUCUCAGAUGGCCGGGUUCUGAGCAGCGGAGCUAAGAGAAAGGUCUUUGCAAAGAAGGGGGACAGGGAGUUGACAAAGUCGAAGAUAGUACUAGUACUGAGGAUGGCGGCUUCCAGGGGUCACGACCGCCUUGUGCUGGGGGCGCUGGGAUGUGGCGCUUUUAAGAAUCCGGUUGAGGAGGUUGCGGAGUGCUGGAAGGAGGUCUUUGAGCAGCAGGAGUUCCAGGGUGGAUGGUGGAAGGAAGUGUGCUUUGCGGUGCUGGACCGCAGAAAUGAGGGCAACUUUGAGGUCUUCGAGAAGACCCUGGGAGGAAUGGAGGUUUGA